AUGUCUUGGUCGGAUUUAUCAACAAAACUGAAGCAAAAUGUGGUUGGGAGGCUGGAUUUGAUGAGCAGGCAUGCCUUGAGAUGCACCUGCAGAUUGAAUCGUUUUAUAGUGAAUGAUAUGGAUUUCUUUGUUCCACGUGUCAGAGUUUCAGUCAAGGAUUCGGCAAUUCUUAUCAUGAUUCAUACGGGGAUAGAGAAGUUUUUGAGAAUCGAGAUGUGGAUUGGACCUCAUCGGAAGACUAUUAUUAGGAAAUCCCAAAACAGCUACGACGCCAGAGAAUCUAUUGAGAAAGUGCUUCCAUUGAUUCCUCGUAUUUAUGCUGCACGCAUUCUUUGUAGCCUUCUAUCCCAUAAGAAACUUCUUAUUGGUACAAUGGAAUGGGAGAUCGAUAGAGGGUUGGAUGUGGAGAACACGAAGUUUUCUAGAAAAUCCGAAGUUUUCCGUGCCAACAAACUGGCCACCACUGAUCGUAGCACCUCCGUUGGAUAUGUUCUGAAAGAUAUGUUUGUUUUGUCGGAUCUGAAAAAAGUCGAGCAGAUCUCCGUGUCACUUUCAAGGAAUUCGCUGACCCCUCUGUUUUCUGCUGAUACAUUUGCUAAUGUAGGAGGAGUGGUUUUUUCUACUGAAAACAACACCUACAAGUAUAUCCACUGGCUAUUGGAAAAAUUCGCAUGCCUCUGCUUCAUAUCAUAUGCUGGAAUUGGGGUCUUACGUUUCGCUAAAUUUGAUGAUGUCGCUAGAGAAAUCUGGGAUGGCGUCAAUGAGCCGGUUUCCAUGAUAACCGAUAAACUGAAGAUGAAAAUGGAAUCAGCGAAAUCUGUCAAUGGAGACUUGACUCUAUUCCAUAUGAGAUCUUCGUGUGGAUAUUGGAUAUAUAUGGUGUUGGAUAGUCGUCGGAAGGAUUUUGAUGCUUAUAAUAUCUUGAACAACUCUUGUGGUCUCGGCUGGUUGUGCAAACGAUGUGCGGAUCCAUUCGAAUACGAUUAUCACCAAAAUCUGGGACGUCGAUGUGUCUGGGAGCCAGAAUGGAACAAUAUUGCCUCUAGUGCUCUCAAAAGAACUAGCCCUGAAUGGAAGAGAAUGAUUGAACGGGUAACGAAGAGAUAUGCAAUAAAUGAGAGUAAAAAGAAGUGGAAGAGUUCUGGAGACGUGACAAGGAUUCAGAAGAUGUGGGGAUUCAAGGAGGGCAGUAAGAAGAUGUUGGAUGACAAUUAUAAGAAACUGGACGAGGACAAGCAGUUGUCAGAAUCGGACGAAAGUGAUCCCGAAAAAUCUUAUUUUUUAAAUGACUACAGGAUUGAUGCAUUGAUCACUCUCAAAAAGCGACGUCAAGGCUUUAGAACUAGAAAAUCCGACGAAGGCAAGAAGGAUUCUGAAGACUUGGCAACUCCCGAAGGCAAGCAGGAUUCAGAAGACUCUAAAGACUUGGCAACUCCAGAUUCAGAUGAAUUCACAACGGAAUAUCAAUUCCAGGAAUUGGCGAUUUGUAUUACUAGUUUUGCCUUUCUCUCUUGUGCGUUUUAUGCUUUUCUCUUGAAGUUUACUUGA